AAGGCAACAACAACGACGUUCAUCUUUUGCCCAACUUGUUGAUGCCGAAGACAAGCAACUUUACUAUCGAUGUAGUGCUUGUAGUUAUAAACAUUUUGCUGAAAAAGAUGAAUGUCUAUGUAAAACGAUUCAACGCCCAUCACGUUUAAUUAAGGCUAUGAUUUCCAAUAAAGAUGUAUUUAAGAGUAUUGAAAAUAUGAAUGAGGAUGGUAAUCUUGAGCAAGAAACAGAUCUUGUUUCUCAGGAUCAAGAAGAAAGUACCACUGGUUGGGAUGA